AUGAUUGUCUUCUGCUUGUCAUUCUCCGCAGUGUGCCAGUGCUCUCUCAAGGGCUCUGCGAGCAGUAGCUGUGCUGAUGGAUCAGGGACAUGCAAGUGUAGGCCAGGAUACACGGGUGACAAGUGUGACACCUGCGUUAGUCCUAGUCACUUCCAUACAACUGACGGUGGCUGCACAGAACUGAGCAGUGAACUCUUCACAGCAAGCAACUCGUCCUUGGUCAGGAGCAAUGUUGUCAAUCUGGACUAUCCAUUUGUCUAUGCGUCAAAGUUCACCGAGCACCGUCAAGUCUCAGUGUCGUUUGAGGGUCUGAUGUCACUGAACGGCUUCUCCGGCAUCUACAACCUCAACUCACGUGUGAAAGAAAGCAAUGCCAUCAUCGCACCUUACUGGACAUCACGCGCUGGAAACCAGGCCUGUUCGAAUGGCACCAUGGAAACACAUCACGUCAAUGAGACUGUGGACAACGCCACGUUCACAGCUAUCAAACAAGCCGUGCUAAAUCAGUAUAGGCCGCGCGAUGACUUUCGCCCGCGCGAAGCCGUCUUCACAACCUGGAGAGAGAUCCGAGAGAACAAUCAACACAACAAGCGUAACACGUUCCAGGCUGCAAUAAUCAGUGAUGAGUGCCAGUCUUUUGCUGUGUUCAACUAUCCAAAACACGGAAUCAGCUGGCAAGGCUUUCCGUAUCCAGUAAUGGCGGCUGGGAGAGUCCUGGCUACCUCUGGAACUGCCCACGUCAGGCCAGUCAGCGGGGUAUACAACCUAACCAAUGGCUGCAGCGCUAAGCUGCGUGCCAGGAAGCACUGCCGCGACUCGGUGGUAAAUGCAUCAACAAUAUCGCAAGCAUCCCAGGACCUGACUCAGUGCCCGGCCCAAAGAGAUAUAGUUCAAGCUAGCGCUGUGUUUGCGAGACAACUGAGCAGUGAACUCUUCACAGCAAGCAACUCGUCCUUGGUCAGGAGCAAUGUUGUCAAUCUGGACUAUCCAUUUGUCUAUGCGUCAAAGUUCACCGAGCACCGUCAAGUCUCAGUGUCGUUUGAGGGUCUGAUGUCACUGAACGGCUUCUCCGGCAUCUACAACCUCAACUCACGUGUGAAAGAAAGCAAUGCCAUCAUCGCACCUUACUGGACAUCACGCGCUGGAAACCAGGCCUGUUCGAAUGGCACCAUGGAAACACAUCACGUCAAUGAGACUGUGGACAACGCCACGUUCACAGCUAUCAAACAAGCCGUGCUAAAUCAGUAUAGGCCGCGCGAUGACUUUCGCCCGCGCGAAGCCGUCUUCACAACCUGGAGAGAGAUCCGUGAGAACAAUCAACACAACAAGCGUAACACGUUCCAGGCUGCAAUAAUCAGUGAUGAGUGCCAGUCUUUUGCUGUGUUCAACUAUCCAAAACACGGAAUCAGCUGGCAAGGCUUUCCGUAUCCAGUAAUGGCGGCUGGGAGAGUCCUGGCUACCUCUGGAACUGCCCACGUCAGGCCAGUCAGCGGGGUGUACAACCUAACCAAUGGCUGCAGCGCUAGGCUGCGUGCCAGGAAGCACUGCCGCGACUCGGUGAUAAAUGCAUCAACAAUAUCGCAAGCAUCCCAGGACCUGACUCAGUGCCCGGCCCAAAGAGAUAUAGUUCAAGCUAGCGCCGUGUUUGCGAGACGUAACGUUACUGCCAAUUUCCUCUUUCGUGACUGCUUUGACUCCAGUCCCAUACAACUGGGUCCGAGUACUCUAAUAGCUUCCCACUGUUGCUAUCAUAAACAUGGUGGAGAACUGAUUGAUUAUGGUCUCCAUCGACCCUACCAGUCGCUCUCAGCCGGGGACGAGGCAUUGCGUGAAUCCUGCCACACUGGCGGUAUAUUGUCUCAUUUCUUUCUGAACCGAAACUCUGCGAAUGCUGUUGGCAAGCGUGUUCGGGUUCUGCAAAGUUAUGUCUGUGGAGAUCCUCAUCUUGUUACUCUCAGCGGACGCAGGUUUGACUUUCACGUUGUGGGAGAGUUUGUUCUAGGGCACAUGAGUGGAGCCAGUGGUUAUAGCAUGCAGGUCACUGCUCGGAUGCAGGUGUUCCCAGUCGGCAAUGCCGCCAACUUCACAUCAAUCACACGCGUCGCCAUCAGAAUAACGCAAGGCCUGUCCAGCAAGACUGUUCAAGUCUUCUCGAAGCAUGGGACCAUACACAUGGCCGGGCAGUAUGGCGGAGGACACUUUACACAUCACCCAAGCACCAACAGCAUUAUUGCUCGCGUUGGAAACUUCGCUGCCAACGUCUCCGUCCAGAGUGAUCCCAUACUAGCCGUAGCAAUGCAGAUGCCGGCAGUGCCGGAGCAUCAGCAUGCGGUUGGUCUCCUUGACAUUGACCGUGGCAACAAGGACAUAUUGACCAACCAGACACUGAUCAGGCAGCAAGCGAAACAAUUUCAGGUAAAGAAGAGCACAAGUCCAUUCUCAUACACUUCUGAUCAAAGCUAUGCAACAUUCAACCCUACCAAUCCCCCAAUGAUAGGAAGUGUGGACACAUCUCGCACCGUCCCUGAAUGCGAGGGCGAUGAAUCCUGCAUCGCUGAUUACGUUCUGUCUAACGGAAACUUGAACCUGGCCAAGAGCACAUUUUCAACCAAGAAGGAUCUGGCUGCCAUCACCACGUCUAUUGCGCGCACUCCACCUAUCAUAACCGUAAGCCCAUCAUCAGCUCUACACUGUACAUUCAACCGUACAUGCUCAGUCAGCGUGACCGGCAGGGCUGCAGCCAAUGUAGGCAUUUACUACAUAAUCCACCAUGACUAUGGAAUUGCUAUUUCCACUCAAGAAGAGUCCUCAAACACUCUCCGGUUGUCAUGGAGACCGACCGAGAGGCAUCCGAGAGGUAGUCAGGUUAAGCUGAGUGCAACCGUGAGUGAUAAUAACUUUGAAAAAGCCUAUGUGACUAUCCCGGUCACGCUUUGCGGCUGCUAUGGAACUUGUCAACGGCCUCCAGACGCUUCUGACUUGACGGAAACAUUCACCCAGCUUGAUUGCGAGACGUGCGAUCCCGGUCGAACUGGCAAGAAUUGCGAAGAGGAUCUGGACAGCUGUGACGCGGAUCCCUGCGGUAGUCCUUUGUUUGUGUGCACCGAUAUCCCCCUACCCGGAGACGGCUUCACCUGUGCAUGCCGCGCUGGCUUCACGGAGAGCAAUGGAAACUGCCUCGAUGUGGAUGAAUGUGGUAGCAUUGGCAACCACAGCUGUCCACCGGUGGACACGACGUGUGUCAACACGCCAGGAUCUUAUCAGUGUCGUUGUUCCACUGGCUACUCUGGAGCAAACUGUGCUGUCAUCACCACGCAGACACAGGGAUGUGCUGACGGAGUUCACACUUGCGGUGAAAACGCUUCCUGUGUGGCGACACCGAAUGGCGGCUCUUACGCGUGUGCGUGUAAUACUGGGUUUACGGGAGAUGGACAAUUGUGUCGACAUACUAACUAUCGGAAUUGCAGUGCAAGACCGUAUGGUGGCAGUGACCAUGGUGACAGCGGAAGUGGCAGUGGCAGUGACCAUGGUGACAGCGGCAGUGGCAGUGACCAUGGUGACAGCGGCAGUGGCAGUGACCAUGGUGACAGCGGCAGUGGCAGUGGCAGUGGCCAUGGUGACAGUGGCAGUGGCAGUGACCAUGGUGACAGCGGCAGUGGCAGUGGCCAUGGUGACAGCAGCAGUGGCAGUGGCCAUGGUGACAGUGGCAGUGGCAGUGGCCAUGGUGACAGCGGCAGUGGCAGUGGCCAUGGUGACAGCAGCAGUGGCAGUGGCAGUGACCAUGGUGACAGCGGCAGUGGCAGUGGCCAUGGUGACAGCGGCAGUGGCAGUGGCCAUGGUGACAGCAGCAGUGGCAGUGGCCAUGGUGACAGUGGCAGUGGCAGUGACCAUGGUGACAGCGGCAGUGGCAGUGGCCAUGGUGACAGCAGCAGUGGCCAUGGGCCCGGCAGCUCAGGUGCAGCAUCAGGCUCACUGAUGAUAACGGCAAUUGCUAGUGCAGGGGGUCUCGUUCUACUAGUCAUGCUGGCUGCCGUCAUCCUUAUCAAGCGUAAAAAAUCACGCAGAAAACCCAACAGCUGUACAGCCAGUAACAUACGUCUGACUGACACAAACGCAGACACCGUAUCCGACGAGGCCGAGGGUAAGGCCGCCAGUAGGAAGUCACGGCCCAGCAUCAUCAGCCUGACGAAGGGUAGCACGUACGAGCUGCUCAACACCAACGAGGGUUGUGCUGGAGGUGGUGGUGGUGGUGGUGGCGGUGGUGGUGGUGGUGGUAGUAGUAGCCACGGUGAGAACCCGCACCACCCAGACAGUGCACGGUACAAUGCCUUAGAUGACGUGACCGAGCAGCACAAGGCGACGCAAUUGCUGCGCCUCGCGCACCGCGAUCACAACAAGCUGACCAACCAGGCGAGCAUGUCGUCAAUGCUGCAUGCACAAUCAUCCACGGGCACAUACCUACAGGCACAAGAUGAAGGAUACGAAGUAAACAUGCCGCAGGCACUGUCGCUUGCGAAAAGCUACGAGGAGGCCAUGCUCACAUUGGGGACGUCCCCGGACGACAGUACAUGUGCUAGUUAUGCACCGAUCAACACCGUCGACUCGGACCACUCGACGCACACCACCUACCAGGACUUGGCGCGCUUAAGAGGACCAGCAGAGGACAUGCUCCAUGGCAGCAAAGGUGUAGACGUGUACGACCACCUCAACACCUCGCCAGCCGCACAGCCCAACAGCACGGCGCCAAGCACCCUCGGCGGGGCAGCGGAUGAGGACCUGUACGACCAAGCCACCGCACAAACAGCAUUCAACGGCGCAGAUUACGCACAGCUGCCUGCGCUGGUGCCAGCUGCUGGCCCUGCUUCACAGAGCCACAUUGCCCCCAAGCUAAUGGCUACCAACGGCAGUGGGCCACAUUUGACUGCACAUCCUGCGGCAGGUGCAGCUGAACAGCACAAGUCAAGCCAUGUGAAUCCACAGUCUGCACAAACCAGUGACAGAAAGCUGGAUAGUCCCAGCUUGAAUGGCAAAACUGGCACAGGUACAAAUGACCACAAACUGCAAGCUGAGUUAGAUUCACCAAGGGCGGCGAGACUAGCGUCGGAUGCUUCUCACGAUCAAUACCAGUCCGUGAAGAAGCUUAGCAGCAGAAAGAGUAAUCCUGUCUCCGUCGUGAAGCAGGCGAGAACGCCCGAAGCGCUGGCUGGCGCCCAGUCCUCGCAGGCUCCAAGUCUCUUGCAGUGCAUCACAGGUAACCAUGGCGACGGGAGCAGUAGCAGCGGUGGCGGCGGAGCCAGUCGUCCGAUGUUCGACAGCGACGUGCAGGAUACGUACGCCUUGCCGCGCACUCCGUCAGGCCGGAGUAGUCCAAAACCUGGCGAGACUAUGUACGCUAUGUUGCAGACGCCGCCCGCCAAACAAAGCUGUCUGAUGAGCGAUGAGACCAUUGACGGCGUGUAUGCGGCACCUCUAGACAACAGGAAUCGGAACAACGGUUUGAUAUCAAGUAGUAAUAGUACGACCCGUAUUGCUGACGACGUCUUGCAGGAUUUGUACUCAACGCCUAAUCAGACAGCUGCUAAUCCUGAAGCAUCUCUACCACUGUCGGGCCAAAGCAGUUCCCAGUUUGACCAGGCAGCAAAUGAGGUAUAUGCAUCUCCUCUGGAUCAGCGGAAUCAGAAGGAAGAGCUGAAGCCGAGUACGAGCAUGGCGCUAGACAACAUGAAACAGAUUAGCGAUGAAAUCUCAGAGGAUCUGUACUCAACGCUUCACACAUCGUCCACUCCCGAACCUCAAGUGGCUUCAGGGACGUCGGGUCGAAACAAUCCAGAUCUUGACCAUCCCUCUGAGAACAUGUACUCGUCACUUGCUGCAGGAGGGAAUCAGAAAGAAGGGCUGAAGCCGAGUAGUAGCUUAGCGCUAGACAACAUGAAACAGAUUAGCGAUGAAAUCUCAGAAGAUCUAUACUCAACGCUUCACACGUCGUCCACUCCCAAUCCUCACGUGGCUUCAGCUACGUCGGGCAGGCACACGCCAGGACUUGACCAUCCCUCAGCAGACAUGUAUUCAUCACCUGUUGCAAGGAGGCAGACGGGUGCCGGGAUUGUCCCACGUAGCACGGACAGCAUCAAGAACAACAAGACUGUCGUGGAAACAUCACAGGAUCUCUACUCCACCCUUGGCGCCUCAGCUCCGAGGAAGGGGGAAUCCCCCUUGCGGCCAGGGGACUCCCCCUCGUUGCCCACCCGCAACAAUCCCAAGGCCGAGCAGGCGGGAGGGGAUAAUAUGUACGCAUCGCCUCUUGCCACCAGCCGGAAGCAUCAGCAGAAGGAGCUGAUGACGUCCAGCAGCAUGAUUAAUGUCAAUACAAAGAAGAAGAAGAAGCAGAUGAGUAGCAGCAAGGCCUUGCAGGAGCUCUACUCUACACCGCAGGCUCUGCUCGGCAAUGUACCAGACUAUGUGGAACAGCAACGCGUUCCAAUGGAUGCUCAAGAUGUCUACUCAACACCACAGGCGCUGGUAAGCAAUAGCCAGUACGAUGGAGAGCAGCAACAUGCUCAAAUGGAUUCACAGGACGUCUACUCGGCACCUAAUAUGUCGGUACGUAAAACCAAGCAGCCGUCGGCACGAGCAGAUACUGAGCGCUGCGCGAACAACAGCCAACAGUCUGGAAACCCGUAUGCUGCACUGCCAAAGAGGAAAUGAGCCAAAGUAACUCACCUCUUUCUCACCUCUUUGAGUGAACUGAGUGUUUCUGAUCACCACGGUCUACGGAACCAUCAAAUCCAAACAACUGCUCUACAUCUAC